AUGACCAUCUCACAGAACACCGCAGAGGCCAACCCCUCUAACGGCUCAAAGUCUAUCAACCAUGAGGAGAACCAAUAUCUUGACCUCGUUCGAGAAAUUCUCGAGACCGGCGAGCGUCGACCUGAUCGUACUGGUACAGGAACAUACUCGAUCUUCGCCCCUCGACCUCUAAAAUUCUCCCUCAACAACAACGGAACACCCAUCCUACCCCUCCUCACCACAAAGCGUGUCUUCACCCGCGCCGUCAUCGCCGAGCUCCUCUGGUUCAUCGAGGGCAACACCUCCUCCAAAAGCCUAAGCGACGCCGGCAUCAAGAUCUGGGAUGGCAAUGGCUCCCGCGAGUUCCUCGAUAACCUUGGUCUUCAGCACCGUGAGGUUGGCGACCUAGGUCCUGUAUAUGGCUUUCAAUGGCGACACUUUGGUGCCGAGUAUGUCGAUGCCAAGACAGAUUACACUGGCCAGGGAGUAGACCAGCUUGCUGAGAUCAUUCACAAGCUGCGAACUAACCCCUAUGACCGCCGUCUGGUUCUUUCUGCUUGGAACCCCGCCGAUAUGAAGAAGAUGGUCCUGCCACCCUGCCACAUGUUCGCCCAGUUCUAUGUAUCUUAUCCUCGAAGUAGGGAUGAGAACUCAGAAGAGAAGCCCAAGGGCCACCUUCACUGUCAGCUCUACCAGCGAUCUUGCGAUAUGGGUCUUGGUGUCCCUUUCAACAUCGCCAGUUACGCCUUGCUGACACAUAUGAUGGCACAUGUCUGCGAGCUGGUUCCUGGAAGCCUUACUCACGUUAUGGGUGAUGCUCACGUGUACCUUGAUCAUGUUGACGCCCUCAAGGUUCAACUAGAGCGCGAGCCCCGAGACUUCCCCGAGCUGGAAAUCGCCCGCGAACAGGGUGGAAGCAUUGAUGGAUGGAAGGCAGAGGACUUUACGGUCAAGGGAUAUGACCCCCAUAAGACAAUUGCGAUGAAGAUGUCUGUAUGA